AUGAAUAAACAAAUUACAAAUAAUAAUAAUUAUAAAAAAGGGUUUUUUAAUCGGAACAAUAAUAAUAAUAGAGAUGAUAUAAAUAACAAUGGUAAUCAUAAUAGGAAUAAUAGAAAUAACGAAAAUGACGAAUCAUCCAUUGCAGAACAGUUAAUUGGAUAUAAACUAUAUUUUCAAAAUAAAAAAUCAAAAUCUGUGGAUUCCGAGGAUGAAGUUAUUAGUGAUGAAGAAAUAUUAGAAAAAAGAAUUAACUUUAUCAAGACAUCAUUGCCAUAUUUUAGAGAAAUUUGUAACAAAACAAUCUAUGCACCAGAUGAAAAUAACUCUAUCGAACUAAGUUAUCAAUUUUUAAAAAAUCAAGUUUAUAAACCAGAAGAUCAGUUUGAUAUUAAAUUAAGAGAUGAGCCAGAGAUGGUAAUCAAUUGUAUUGGUGUGGUUUUAUAUCAAGUAUUUUACGAGGAUUUAUCAGAGAGUCAAAGACCAAAGAAAAAGAUUAAUGUAAGGUUAUUUAAUUUUGAACCUUUAUUGCCAUUAAAGAAAUUAAAGGCAAAUUUAAUUGACAAAUUUGUUUCAUUAAAAGGUACAAUCAUUAGAGUUGGUAAUGUAAAACCACUGGUAACACAAAUGCAGUUUACAUGCUCAAAAUGUGGUCAAAAAACACCAAUGCAGCAUUUUACUGAAGGCAAAGUUAUUUUACCCACUAGUUGUCCUACAUACGGCUGCAAAGGUAAAUCAUUCGAGCCUGAUAGAUCAAGCGCCAUUACAAUCGAUUGGCAAAAAAUUAGAAUUCAAGAGGAUGUUGAUCAAAAAGAAUCCAGUGGUAUACCAAAAUCCUUUGAAUGCGAAUUAUCUGACGAUUUGGUUGAAACUGUAGUACCUGGUGAUAUUGUAACAAUUAGUGGUGUAGUAAAAGUUUUAAGGGCCGAAGAAGGCAGUGGAUUUCACAAUCAAGGCAAACCUGUAUUUUUAAUUUAUAUUGAUGUAAACUCUAUUGAUAGUCCAAAGAGAGCAAAUAACGAAAGUGGUGGUAGCAAAUUGGAAACAACAUCCUUUACUGUAAAAGAUAUGUAUGGUAUUAAAGAAAUUGCGCACCAUCCCAAUAUAUUCAAAUUAAUAGCGCACUCAAUCUGUCCAUCCAUCUAUGGUCAUGAAUUAGUCAAAGCAGGUUUAACACUUGCAUUAUUUGGAGGCAACCCUCUGCGUAGUGGUGGCAGUGACAGGAAUAAACUUUCAACAAGAUCUGAUCCCCAUAUAUUAAUCGUUGGUGACCCAGGUUUGGGUAAGAGUCAAAUGUUAACAUCAAUCUACCAUCUAUCGCCGCGUGGUGUUUAUGUUUGCGGUGGAUAUUCAAGUACAACUGGUUUAACUGUAACAUUAUUAAGAGAAAAGGGCUCUGGUGAUUUUGCUAUUGAGGCAGGUGCAUUGGUUUUAGCGGACCAAGGUUGUUGCUGUAUUGACGAAUUUGAUAAAAUGCAAGAAGAACAUGCUGCACUGUUAGAAGCAAUGGAACAGCAAUCUGUUAGUAUUGCAAAAGCUGGUAUUGUUUGUAAUUUACCAGCACGUACGUCGGUUAUAGCUGCCGCUAAUCCUGUGGGUGGGCAUUACAAUCGUGCAAAAACAGUAUCAGAAAAUAUAAAAAUGAGCGCACCACUUUUAUCGCGUUUCGAUUUAGUUUUUAUUUUAUUGGAUAAACCAAAUACACAAAAAGAUCAAAUCAUCUCGAGCAAUAUUAUGAAUCUUCAUAGUGACGAUACUUUGGAUACAAAAAAAAGAAAAGCACAAAGGGGUGGGGGUGAAACUGACGAAUCUACCUACUGCGAUGAAGAUGAGGUCGACAAAAGCUUACCGUUAAAACAGAAAUUAGAAAUACCUGCGGGUCAAAAGAUGAACCUAAUAGCACAACCACUUUUAAGAAAAUACAUCAGCUAUGCAAAAAAGUAUGUACAUCCAACACUAUCAGAAGAGGCCAUUCAAGUUAUUCAAGAUUUUUAUUUAGAACUAAGAGGUAAUUCAUCAAGCUCGGACUCAAUGCCAGUAACAACCCGUCAAUUAGAAUCCCUUAUUCGUUUAGCAGAAGCAAGAGCUAAAUUAGAGCUUCGUAUUAUUGUUACCGAACAAGAUGCAAUCGAUAUUGUUGAAAUUAUGAGGGAUUCUCUAUUGGAUACAUUCGAAGAUGAACAUGGAAAUAUAGAUUUUAGAAGAGCUUCUGGUAUGAGUAAUAGUUCAAAAGUUAAAAGCUAUUUCUCUAUUUUCCUAAAAGAGGCAUCAAGACAAAACAAAUUAGAAUUUUCAAAACAAGAACUUAAACAAAUUCUUCAAGACCAUAAACUACCAUAUGAUAAUUUAGAUGACAUACUGGGUACUUUAAAUAAUCAAGGUAUGAUUUUAAAAAAGAAUAAUAACAUCUAUCAAAUUAUAAGAUAA